GUUUGUGGUGCCAUAAUGGGACUCCUGAAACAGUUGGUUGUUGCUGUGAUUUUACUCUCACAAGAGUUUGUGAGUAUAGGAGCUGAUGAAGAAGUGAAAGCCUCAGAAGCAUGUGGUUUUGAAGCUAUAUUCAACUUUGGUGACUCCAAUUCAGACACUGGAUGCAUGUCAGCAGCAUUUUUCCCUGCGGCUUUGCCAUAUGGUCAGACCUUCUUCCAUGAGGCUGCAGGGAGAGCUUCUGAUGGACGCCUUAUCAUAGAUUUCAUUGCCAAGCACCUAGGUUUGCCAUACUUGAGUGCAUACAUGGACUCAAUUGGAUCAAGUUAUAGUCACGGUGCAAACUUUGCAGCAGCAGCAUCAACUAUUAGGCGCCAAAACAGAACCUUCUUUGACGGUGGUAGUCCUUUCAAUCUCGAAAUUCAAGUGUCACAGUUCAUCCAAUUUAAGACACGCACUGCCAAGUUCUACAACCAAGGACAGGGAAAUUCCUAUCCAAAGCCAGAGGAUUUUUCCAAGGCUAUCUACACAUUUGAUAUUGGGCAAAAUGACAUUGCUGCUGCUCUUCAAAGAAUGGGCCAGGAAGAUUCUGAAGCAGUGAUAUCAGACAUAGUGGACCAAUUAUCAAACCAAGUUAUAUAUUUAUACAAUGAAGGAGCAAGGACAUUCUGGAUCCAUAACACAGGCCCCAUUGGUUGCCUACCAGUGGCCAUGCCCAUGCACAAUGCCUACAAUUAUACUCCAGUGCCUGGAUAUCUUGAUCAAAACGGCUGUGUCGUAUACCAAAACGACUUGGCCAAAGGGUUCAAUAGAAAGCUCAAUGAUACAGUGGUCAAGCUGAGGGCAGUGUACCUUGAUGCCUCAUUUGUGUAUGUGGACAUGUUCUCUGCUAAGUAUGAGCUAAUCAGUAAUGCUAAGAAAGAAGGAUUUGAAGACCCAUCUAAAAUCUGUUGUGGGUAUCAUGAGGGUGGCAAUCACUUCUACUGUGGGAAUUACAAUGCAACGAUUAAUGGAACAGAAAUUUAUGCUGGUUCAUGCAAAGAUCCUUCUUCACACAUUAGCUGGGAUGGCGUGCACUACACUGACGCAGCAAAUAGCUGGAUUGCUAAUCGUAUUGUAAAUGGUUCAUUCUCAGAUCCACCACUUCCCAUUACACGUUCAUGCUCCUUAGCAUAGAUAUUGCACUUUUUCCGAUCUAAGACAUAAGGCACAAGGGAAAUAUAAUGUUCUGCAUACCCAGGAAAUUGUUUACUUGCUUUGUUAUUUCACGAACAUGAUGUUGUAAUGUUCACACUUAGUUUCUUUUUUAAUACUUUGGCAAAUAAAAAGGUAGAGAAACUGCGAUUGAAGGGUUUUCUUGUUAUUUUAUGAUUUUAAAUAUUGGUUUAAUGAAAAUAUAUAGUGGACAACUUAUUAUUAUUAUUAUUA